UCAUAUGAUAAUAGGAGGAGUAACUCACUUAAGUUAUAUACUAGUGAUUCUUUGUUUCAAUUUUUAAUGUGAGAUAACAACUCACACUUGCAAACUAACAUGCCAUUUUAUUUUACCCAUCACUAAUUAUUAUUUUUUUUUAAUUAGUUUUAUUAAUUUUUUUUUUUUGAAAAAAACCAUCACUAAUUAUCUAAUCUCUAUUGUUAUAGUUAAAACAAUAAUAUCUUUCAAAAAAGAAAAAAAAAAAGUUAAAACAAUAAUAUAACGAGGGGCAAAAUGGGAAAGAAAAAGAGAGAUAUUUAAGGGGGUAGAAAACUAGAAACGGCGAAGUGUCGUCUGUCCUUUCCCGAUAAGACCGGUGGUUGCUCAAAUGGGGGAAAGCUUAGGGCAUUGAUCCUCGAGCACAUAUACAUUCACCCUCUCUUCCUCUCUCCUCUUCCCUCAUUUUUCCUACUGUUCACUCAUUUUCCGGCAACUCAUUUUAUUAAUUGAAAUACUAGUAAAUUAUUUAAAUUAUUUUUAAAACUUAAUUUUCCCGACACAACAAAAACAUUCAAAUUUCAAACCCUACUUCUUCGCCUUUCUUACUUCUUCAUUUUCCUUAUUACAACUGAAUUAACUGAUUUCUCUUCACAUUAAUGCUCUAUUUAUUUAGGUUAGAAAGAGAAGAAGUUGUAGAUCCAAGAACUUGAGAGCUAGUAAUUACGCAGAAAAAUAAAAAGAGUUUGCUUUAAAGAGACAAGAGGCUGCUUACUGUAGCAGUGUUUCAGCAGCAAAAAAACCACAAUAACUCUGAUACAUCGUCAUCAAUGCAUAAGAGAUAGGACAUACUAAUAACAGCCUAACCACCCUCAAAAAUCUAAAGAAAAAAAAAGAGAGAAAAUAUUUAUUUUCUUUUAUUUUUUUUACUUUUAUUGCUCACACUUCUGACAGCUGGGAGGAAAAGAGGCAAGUAGGAAGGAGGAGCAAAAGAAAGAAAAAAAGCUGAUAUUUAUUUGUGGUUAUUAUGAAAGUGGGAUGGUAUGGAAGUGGACGAGAUUCAGAGUUCACAGCAAGCUUGCAAGUACUCUAGGGUUAAUUCUAAUGGUAGAAUUGAUACUUCUAAGAUAGGAGGGGGAGGUAGUGGUGGGCAUGACAACGCCGGCCGAGGAGAGGAUGAAAUAGAGGAGACAGACCUCCGCCGGGCUAUCGUGCCCACCACCACUACCUCCACCAACCCCGCUGCUGUCACGGGAAACGGGAGCAGCGGAGGGGUAGGAGGGGAUAUGCAAGUGGGGAGUAGUAACAGGUUUGGGAGGCAGUGGCAACCUUCAUCUAGGAUAAUUAGGGUUUCGAGGGCGAGUGGAGGGAAAGAUCGUCAUAGUAAGGUGUUGACGGCGAAAGGGCCAAGAGAUCGUCGUGUUAGACUGUCUGUUACUACUGCAAUCCAGUUCUAUGAUCUGCAAGACAGGUUGGGGUAUGAUCAGCCAAGUAAAGCGGUUGAGUGGCUAAUUAAAGCGGCUGCAGAUGCUAUCAACGAGCUUCCGUCUUUGAAUACUAGCAGUUUUCCGCCGGAGACUCCGAGGCAGUUGAGUGAUGAGCGUAAGCCUGUUCUAAAUGGUGUAGAUUCAGCAGAUGUGGAGCUAGAUGGUGACCCUGGUUAUGGUCAGAACCAGCAACAAAUGAGUACAAAAUCAGGGUGUUGUAGCAACAAUUCGGAAACAAGUAAAGGAUCUGGUCUGUCGCUGUGUCGGUCUGAGAACCGAGUUAAGGCGAGGGAAAGAGCGAGGGAGAGGAGGACGGCAAAGGAUAAGGAAAGAGAUGGUGAACCAACAAGGGUUAGUGUUGCUUCCCAUCAACAUAAUCAACACCAUCAAAAUGUAAGCUCAAUGCCACAAACAUCGUCUUUCACUCAGUUACUCACGGCAGGUAUGAGCAAUCUAAAUGAGAGUAACAACGGAGCAGCAGCGAGCUCGAGCCCUUCGCCUCAUCACCAUGUAGAUUCGGAAGUAGAUUUGUUUCAUAAACAUUCAAGAGGAGGCAAUAACAACAAUCAGUGGUUAUCAUCAGCAGCUGCGGCAAGUACAACUCCUAUGGCAGAUUACUUUGGGACCGGACUCAUUGGCCUAUCCUCGACUCGAGCAGGCCAGAUCCAAAUGGGAAACAAUUCAUCAUCAGUCCCCCAAGUGAUGACCAUUUCAUCCUUCGGGGGGUCGGAAAAUCAUCAGCAUCAGUCCCACCAUGAUCAACUUUACCAGCACCAGCACCAGCAUUUCCCCUUCAUGUCAGACCAACAACACCUAAUACAAGUCGCAAACGCAGCGGCCUCAGCCGGAGCGAGUGGGGGAGGAAAUGACUAUAACUUAAACUUCAGCAUUUCCUCUUCUUCUACUCCUACUCCCAGCUUAGCCGCUGGUUUCAAUAAUAGGGGGACCCUUCAGUCCAAUUCUCCGUCUCUGUUGCCUUACCUCCAAAGGUUUUCUACUACAGACGGAUCAAGCUUGCCCUUCUUCCUUAGCAAUGCAACAGUCUCUUCCGCGUCACCAACGAUUAUCGAAAACCACCACCAUCACAACCACCACCACCACCAGCAGUUUCAGCCACCAGGGUUGCAGCUCUAUUACAGUGACGGAAACCGGCAAUCAGACCAGAAGGGGAAAGGAAAGAACUGAAAUUUUUUCACAAAUCAUAUUCAGUUUGUAGACAUUGAUGGAGCAACGUAAAUAGAAGCCCCUGAGUCCCUCAAGAGAAUGCAGAUUAUACCUGUUCAUGUUCUCUCUACUUGUGAAUUCAAUGCUUCUGAUUUUGUUUGGAUUCUAAAUUUUAAAAUUUUCCCAAUUUGUAGUCAAUGUAAUUUGAUUCACAUUGAUGUAGUUGAAUUUGUUAAUUUAUGCGAAAGCAAAGUCGUGUGUUUUGAUCUACAACGUACAUUUUUCUUAAUCGCUAGUGGUAUUUAUGAUU